AUGUCUUUGUUUGUCCCAGGUGCUGGAAUUGAUCUCUCCUCUCUGGUAGUUGUGGAAGGAAAGAUCUGUUGGGAUCUUUACAUCAACGGCCUUGUUGUUAGUUCAGAUGGGAAUCUGCUAGAUGCCCUAGGUACUGCUAUAAAGGUAUUUGAUAAUUCUUAUUUGUUUGACAUGCUUAGCGCCCUCCUAGCCACUGCCUAG